AUGGCGGCACCAACUCGAAAAUCUGUGGAGUUUUUUUACGACGUUUUGUCGCCGUACACAUGGCUGGCGUUCGAGGUGAUGUGUCGUUACCAACAGAAGUGGAACAUCGACCUGAAACUGAGGCCGUUCUUCCUGUCAGGGAUCAUGCAGGGAGCAGAUAACCGUCCCCCGGGCAUGGUCCCUGCUAAGGCGACCUACAUGGGGAAGGACCUGAGGAGACUGACAGACAUGUACAAGGUGCCCUUCAAGAUGCCCAGUAACCCUGCAGAGGUCAUGUUCAUCAAGGGUUCCAUCAACGCAGGCCGCUUCCUCACAGCAGUGGACAUGAACUGUGACCAGUACUUGGAGGAGUUGACAAGACAGUUGUUCCUGAGGAUUUACUACCGAGAUGAGGACAUCACAGAACCUGCCAGUCUGAUGUCAGCUGCAGCUAAAGCAGGCAUCCCUGAGGACCUGGCUAAACAACUUCUCUCAACCAUCAAGGACCAGGCGGUGAAGGACCGUCUUCGACAGACCACCCAGACGGCGCUGGACCACGGAGCGUUUGGCUCCCCCACCAUCGUAGCACACAUCGACGGGAAACCUCAGAUGUUCUUUGGGUCGGACAGACUGGAGCUGAUGGCUCACAUGCUGGGGGAGAAAUGGCACGGCCCACUGACAGAACUGGCCAAGGCCAAGAUGUGAACUUGAAGUUGUUAAAAUUACCUAGUGGAGAGAUUGGGCAUCUCCAGUGAUUUGACGGUAGAAUAUAGUAGGAGCCAACAUUGUAUGGCCUUGUACUGCCACAACUUGCCAAUAUGUGAAAUUUGCCCCUCUCUGUUAAUAGUUUCAUCAGAUUGGUAAGCCACUGAGUA